UGUUUGUGUGAGUUCAGAGCUCGAGAGUCUUCUGUUGUGUAGUAAGGCUGCUUUCACUUUAUUAUCCGUAACUGCUAGGCAGCCCAUGUGAGGCCCCAUUCCAUUGCUCGUUGCUGUCUCAAUGUGCUCCUUAUCAUCCCUCCCAAAAAUUUCAGAUCUCCUGCUUGAAUCCACUUUCACCGUUUGAUAUUGAAUUCUUGAUGCCUCCACUUCAUUCAUUGUAUAUACAUUCAAAUCUCACCUACCUCUCUUAGAUCCUAUAAUACAUCCUAAUCUCACCUACCUCUUCCAAAUCCAAACCCCCUUUUGAUCUCCCAUGCCUUGAUUCUUGUUCCAAAAUCAUGGCCAAAUUUCUUUGGAUUUUCUCUGCUCUUAUCUUCCUAACUAUCCCAGUUUCAUCCCAGCUGAACCAGCUCUUCUUUCCUGGAUUCAAAGCUGCUGCCACCAACUUAACCUUAAACGGCAACGCUAAUAUCCAGAAAACCGGGAUUCUUGAGUUAACCAACGAGACCAGUCGGUUAAUGGGCCAUGCCUUCUAUGCCUCUCCUUUUCAGUUCAAGAACUCCACCGAUGGUAAAGCUUUCUCUUUCUCCACCUCCUUUGCUUUUGCUAUAGUCCCAGAGUAUCCAAAGCUCGGAGGCCAUGGCAUGGCUUUCACAAUCGCACCCUCCAAGAAUCUGAAAGCUCUGCCCAGCCAGUACUUGGGACUUCUUAACGCCAGCGAUCUGGGAAAUUUUUCCAACCAUCUCUUCGCGGUUGAAUUCGACACCGUCCAAGACUUCGAGUUCGGAGACAUCAACGACAACCAUGUCGGCAUCGACAUCAAUAGCUUAACCUCCAACGACUCCGCCGUCGCAGCGUAUUUCACUGACAAUUCAACCAAACAAGAUCUUAACCUCAAGAGUGGGAAAGCUAUUCAGGUGUGGAUCGACUACGAUUCAGUUCAAAAUGUUCUCAACGUAACGAUUUCGCCGUCUUCUUCAAAACCCAGAAAGCCAAUCUUGUCAUUUCCGGUAGAUCUCUCACCGAUCCUCCAAGAAUUUAUGUUCGUUGGGUUCUCUGCUUCAACGGGUUUGCUCGCUAGCUCACACCACCUCUUGGGCUGGAGCUUUAAGAUUAACGGGCAAGCUCCAGCCCUUGAUCUCUCUUCUCUGCCUUCUCUACCAGGACCCAAGAAGAAACACACAGCUCUUACAGUAGGAGUUUCUGUUGCAGCUAUUAUUCUUGCACUAGCUGCAAUCUCCGUUGCCAUUUACCUCUUCAGAAAGACAAAAAACGCCGACAUAAUCGAAGAUUGGGAGCUUGAACUAGGCCCACAUCGGUACUCUUACCCGGAACUGAAGAAAGCAACCAAUGGUUUCAAAGAAAAAGAGCUACUCGGGCACGGUGGAUUCGGUCGAGUUUACAAAGGGACGCUUCCAAAGUCGAAGAUCCAAGUUGCGGUUAAGAGAAUCUCGCACGAUUCCAAACAGGGUCUGCCUGAGUUCAUCUCGGAAAUCGCUAGCAUCGGUCGGCUUCGCCACCGGAAUUUGGUUCAAUUAUUGGGUUGGUGUCGCAGAGGAGGUGAUCUUCUUCUUGUAUAUGAUUUUAUGGCUAAUGGGAGUUUAGAUAAGUUCUUGUUUGAUGAGCCACAAAGAGUUCUCAGUUGGGAGGAAAGGUUCAAUAUCAUAAAGGGUGUCGCUUCUGGGCUUCUGUAUUUACACGAAGGCUAUGAACAGGUUGUGAUUCACAGAGACGUGAAGGCCAGCAAUGUGUUGCUAGACAGCGAGCUCAACGGAAGACUAGGCGAUUUCGGGCUUGCGAGAUUGUACGAGCACGGGGCAAACCCGAGCACCACCCGGGUCGUCGGCACUCUCGGGUAUCUUGCACCGGAGCUGCCUAGAACAGGCAAGGCCACAGCGGGGUCCGAUGUGUAUGCAUUUGGCGCACUUUUGCUAGAGGUUGUCUGUGGGCGCCGGCCGAUUGAGCCCAAGGCAAUGCCGGAAGAGUUAGUUUUGGUGGAUUGGGUGUGGGACAGGUUCUUAGAAGGGAGGUUCCUUGAUGUGGUGGACUCCCGGCUGAAUGGGCAGUACGACGAAGGUGAGGUGGUGAUGGUGUUGAAGCUAGGGCUGAUGUGUUCAAAUAAUGCGCCGGUAGCACGGCCGAGCAUGCGGCAUGUGGUGAUGUAUUUGGAAGGAGAGGCUGAGAUCUUGGACGACUUGAGAGCACCGGGCGAGUACAAUGGAGGUAAGGGUCAUGUGGAGGGGUUCGAAGAUUUUGUGCACUCAUUUCCGUCUUCGUCGUACGGUAAUAUGAGCUCCGCCGCGUUCGCGAGGAAUAGAGGUAUGGAGAAUAGUUUUGCUUCUCUUUCGUCUUCGUCUCUCUCCCUACUCGAUGGGAGAGGAGGGGUGACCAGGUAGUAGUAAUGGUCAAUUUUCUUUCUUUUCUUUUCUUUUUUCUUUUAUUAUUAUUAUUACUAUUACUUAUUUUCUUCUGAGGUUCCAUUUGAUUUGCUCGAAAAUUUUCCAAAAAAUAUGUGACUUCAAGAAAAAAAAAAUGUAAACAAACUCACAUCCAAAUGCUUGAGUUUCCUAUAAUGCAUAUAUAUAGGUUUUAUUUUUGCUA